AUGAAGAGAGACUCGGUGUUCGUGGAGGACGUGGCCAUGGUCUUCACCCAGGAAGAGUGGGCGCUGCUGGAUCUUGCUCAGAGGCAACUCUACAGAGACGUGAUGAUGGAAACCUUGAGAAACCUGGCCUCUAGUUUUCGUAACAGAAGUAAGCCUUACGUAUGUAAGGAAUGUGGGAAGGCUUUUAGCAUGUCCUCAUCCCUCACUCGACAUAUAAAAACACACACUGGAGAGAGGCCUUAUGAGUGUAAGCAAUGUGGGAAAGCCUUCAGUCAGUCAUCGCACCUCACUACUCAUGUAAAAAUUCAUAGUGGAGAGAGGCCUUAUCAAUGUAAUGAAUGUGGGAAAGUCUUUAGUUAUUCCUCAGCCCUCACUACACAUAAAAGAACUCACAGUGGAGAGAAGCCGUAUGAAUGUAAAGAAUGUGGAAGAGCCUUUAGUGAUUCCUCAGCACUCAGUAAACACGUAAGAACUCACAGUGGAGAAAGGCCUUAUGAAUGUAAGGAAUGUGGAAAAGCCUUUUGUCGUUCCUCACAUCUCACUACACAUAUAAGAACUCACAGUGGAGAGAGACCUUAUGAGUGUAAGGAAUGUGGAAAAACCUUUAGUCGAUCCUCACACCUCACUUCACAUAGAAGAAUUCACAGUGGAGAGAAGCCUUAUGAGUGUAAGGAAUGUGGGAAAGCCUUUAGUGAUUCCUCAGCCCUCACUAAACAUUUAAGAACUCACAAUGGAGAGAGGCCUUAUGAAUGUAAGGAAUGUGGGAAAGCCUUCAGUCAGUCCUCACACCUCACUUCACAUAUAAGAACUCACAAUGUCGAGACUGUGUCAAAAGUGGGAGACUGA